GCAUCUGACAACUCUGUGAAUGGCAUUGAACGUGCAGAAGUUACUGACCAUUGAAGAUGUGAGCAUAAAAUUCACCUCAGAGGAAUGGGCCCUACUGGACACACCUCAGAGAGAGCUUUACAGAGAUGUGAUGGUUGAGAACAUUAAUCAUCUCCUAUCCCUUGGAUACCAGCUCUGUGAAUCAGAUCUAAAUUUUCUUUCAGUGGACAAAGAAAUGCUGUGGAUGGUGGAAAGAAGAGUUAUUCCUCAACUUCAGAGUCCAGAAAGAAACGGUGCUCAAAAAAUACUAGACAGGAUAAGGACUCAACUCAUUGGAAGAAAUGACACACCCACCAUCAAGGUAAUGGAUUGGAAAAAUAUUCAGGAAAAAACCUGUGAAAAUCAUCUGUGUUGCAAAACCUACAACCAUGAAUCCCUGCAUAGAAGAAACAAAAUGACUGAAUCUGGAAUACAUUCAAGCAAAUGUCAUCAAGGUGGUAAAAGCUUUACAGGUUAUGCUGAGCUUAGAGGUCACACCAAAACUAACAUAGUAGAGAAGCCAUAUGAAGGUUGCACGUGCAGAAAAACUUUCAGUCCAUCUUCUAAGUUUAAUCAGCAGGAGAGAACACAGACACAUGUGAAACAGUAUGAAUGCCAGCAGUGUGGGAAAAUUUUUAAUAAUUCAUAUAAACUCAGAAGACAUAAUCGAACACACACAGGAGAGAAACCAUAUGAGUGCCAUCUAUGUGAGAAAGCCUUCACUGAUUCAUAUAUCCUUAAAAAUCAUAAGCGAAUACACACAGGAGAGAAACCAUAUAGAUGUGAUUUGUGUGAGAAAGCUUUCACACAGUCAAAUCACUUGAGUCAACAUAAGAAAACACACACAGGAGAGAAAACAUUUGAAUGUCAUCUGUGUGGGAAAGACUUCACUCAAUCAUAUAUCCUUAAACGGCAUAAAAGAACCCACACAGGAGAGAAACCAUUUGAAUGUCAUCUGUGUGGGAAAGCCUUCACUUUAUCAUGUACCCUUAAUCGGCAUAAAAGAACCCAUACAGGAGAGAAACCAUAUGAAUGUCAUCUGUGUGGGAAAGCCUUCACUCAAUCAUCUUCCCUUGCCCAGCAUAAAAGAUCACACACAGGAGAGAAACCAUAUGAAUGCCAUCUGUGUGGGAAAGCCUUCACUAGAUCAUCUUCCCUUACCAAGCAUAAAAGAAUACACACAGGAGAAAAACCAUUUGAAUGUCAUCUGUGUGGGAAAGCCUUCUCUGAUUCAUCUACCCUUCUGCAGCAUAAAACAACACACACAGGAGAGAAACCAUAUGAAUGCCUUCUGUGCAGGAAAGCCUUUACUCAGUCCAGUCACCUUAAUGAACAUGAGAGAAUGCACACUGAAGAAAAACCAUAUAAAUGUCAACUGUGUGAGAAAGCCUUCACUCAAUCAUCUAGCCUUAGAAACCAUGAGAAAAAACACUCUAGAGAGAAAUCAUGA